GACAUGUCGUCCAUGUAGCACCGUCCUUGCGCCGGGAAAUUUCUUAAUUACGCGGCAUGCUCUGAAUCCGGCCCUCGGCACUCAACGCUCGACACGGCCAUUUUCUCAUCCACUGCGGCGGAGUAUAUUCGUCUCGAAAGGAAGUUGGCUUCUAUCUGACCACGUUUCAGGCGUCGGAACCGUCGUCAUUUGUGCUGGCACCGCCUCAUCAAAACAAGAGUUCGGCGGUGGAUAACUGCACUAACUUGUGAGAAUAGCUUUUGGGACUUUAACAGAAACAGAGUAAGAUUGUAGACACAAAAGAUUUCUAUGUAGGGUUUUCUUAAGGCUAGUUUCGCCAAGAACUCAUCGCUUUUUAUGAAUCUUCCUAAGCUCCACCCGCCGAAGAGAGCUAACCGAGUCGAAUUUUCAUUGGCAUUUUUGUUUAUUUUCAAUUUUGCGGAAAAUCGCAGUUCUUUGGCCAUUGUCGCUUUCACGUCUGCUCUGUUUCUGAAAACCUGUUUAUCACUCAUGAAAAGGAGUGAAUCGGUGAAGUAAAUCGAAUAUUAGGACCUGUGAAAUUGGCGAAUGAAUUUAUGCUGAAAAAAAGCAUUGAAUUGGUUGUUUAGUUCGUUGUUUUCGCGCCAUAUUUUAUCUCCGUGUGGAAGUUCAAUCUCCACAUGCUUCCAAGUCCAUGGUUUGCCAUUUUAAGGACUGAGAUUGUCUCGGCGUAAUUCUUGAUGGGGAUGAUCAAGCCCUUGCCAAAGUCUGUUCGUAGUUCUGUGCGUGCUGGCGUUAUACUCUAUGAUGCCACGAAGGUUGUGGAAGAGCUUGUUUAUAAUAGCUUGGAUGCUGGUGCGUCAAAGAUUUCAAUUUUCAUUGGCAUUGGGACAUCCUAUGUCAAAGUAGUGGACAAUGGAUCUGGUAUUACUCGGGAUGGGUUAGCCCUGCUAGGAGAAAGAUAUGCAACUUCGAAAUUCCAUGAUCUCAUAGACAUGGAUACCAAAGGCAAAACAUUUGGCUUUCGAGGAGAGGCAUUGGCUUCCAUUUCAGAUGUAUCGUUGGUGGAGAUCAUAACCAAAGCAUGUGGGAGGGCAAAUGGAUAUCGUAAAGUCAUAAAGGGUUGCAAGUGCCUGUAUCUUGGAAUUGAUGAUGAUAUGGAAGAUGUUGGUACUACAGUUAUUGUUCGAGAUCUAUUUUACAACCAACCAGUUCGAAGGAAGCAUAUGCAAUUCAGCCCCAAGAAGGUCUUGCAAGCAGUCAAGAAAUGUGUAGUCCGUACUUCCCUUGUGCAUUCUAAAGUUUCCUUCAAAAUUGUAGAUAGUGAAAGUGAGAGCAUCCUUCUUUACACGAAUCCCUCUCCUUCUCCUUUAUCACUUUUGAGAAGUGGCUUUGGCAGCGAGAUUUCCAGGUCUCUCCGUGAAUUAAAAAUCGGUGAUGGGGACUUAAAGCUUUCUGGUUAUAUAUGCAGUCCGUUUGAUACGUUUACUAUCAAGGCUGUUCAAUAUGUCUAUAUUAACAGACGAUUCAUUUGCAAGGGCCAAAUUCAUAAAUUACUUAAUCAACUGGCCAGUAGAUUUGUAAGCCUGAGUCCGCAGACUGAUCAAGUCUGUCACAGCAGGAAGAGAAGCAGGUUUCAAGCAAAUCCUGCUUAUAUUUUAAAUUUAGAUUGCCCUGGAUCUUUCUAUGACCUAACAUUUGAAUCAUCCAAGACCUUUGUUCAGUUUAAGGACUGGGCUUCAAUACUUACCUUCAUUGAAGAGACCAUUCAACAAUUUUGGAAAGAAAAAUAUAGUAGUGGAAAAUCUUUGGUCCAUACAACCCCCAUAGUUGGAGGAGAUCAGCUGUGGAAGGAUGAAGAUAACAUAAUAUCAACAAAUUCAGAUUUUCGUGAGGAUGUUAUACUUUUCCCUCCAGAGAGUAUUCGAUCUGUGAAAAAGAGCAGAAUGCGAAGCCCUCAGGCUUCCCUUAUUGAUUUGUUUUCUCCGUCAGCAAUGCUUACAAAAGAUGAUGACAUCUUGUCCAAUAGUUUGCAUGAAAAGAAGGCAUGUGAGAAUUCACACACAAGUUCAAGUGAAUUGAAUGACGUUCACCAACAAGCUAGGAUGCAAUUUGGUAACCAAGCCGCCGAUCAUUUCUCAGGAUUAUGGGGUACUCCCUUGGCAAAAUGCUCAACUACAGCUGUCCAAAAUGGUGACAGGCAUCCAUGGGUACCUGAUAACAUUUUUGUAUCUGAAGACUCCUUUCUGGAUAGAAGGCUGGCUUUUCCGAAGAGGUGUGAUGACAUUGUUGAGGACAAUAUCUUCAGUUCAGACUUGAAAGGUCAGUCUUCUGAAGUGUAUAUCGAUAUGAUCAAUGGGUCUGCUGAAAGUACACCAUCUUCUUACUUUCAUGAAUUUAGUUAUGAUGACAAUAUCUUCACAGGUAACAAACCCUCCCUUCGGGGAUGCACCUCAGGAAGCAGUUUUCAACUUGAGAGUACUUCCAUUCUUGGUGACAAACUGUACAUUCAAAAUGAUGUCAUCAAAAGAAUCCAAAAGCAGGGAAUCCCUGAUGAUGAAGUUGAUGUUCUAAAGCUUGACGGUUACAUCCAGGGUUCUGGUUUUUAUGCCGGAGACUCACUGCAUGCUGAGUUUGCUGAAGAAAAUAUAUACUCAUGUCAUUUGGACAAGCACGUGCAGAAGUUUUUCUCAAGUUAUCAGACUAGAAAUUCCCCAGAUGUUCACGUGACCCCAAAUCCCAGAUUAGCCUCAGAAUGGGAUGUUGAUUGCUUCAGUGUUAGGGAUGGGGUUGAAAGGAACUGGAGAUCUAGAGAUAGGACUCCCUUCAGGGAUUUGGUGGAUUGUGAGGAUAAGGGCUGCGGAUUUGAUUCUGAUAUCAUGUUGAGAAGUUCCAAAAAGAAUUACAUACCAAGCUGUAUAGAUAGUAAACUGAUAAUUGAUGAUGUUCUUGAUAUAAGAGAAGACCUUAGUACUUCCCUUGAAAAAUCUAAUAAUUUUGAACAUUCUUCUCCUGUGAGUCCUAAUAUGCACUCCUGUCAGAAGUAUCUUUCCAAUUGGAGAUUACCUGGAAGAGAUUGGGAAAAGGCUUAUGGAAGCUCAGAGCUUAAGUUUGGACAUAAAGCUUUUAAACAGAAGUACGUUUCUGUUGAAAGGCGUAGAAGAUGCAAAUCAGCUCCACCUUCUUACAAAAGAAAAACUAGUUUCUAUUGCCUGUACCAAAGAAAGGAAGAAAAGCAUAAUGCCGCGGGUUUCUAUGGCCUUGACCAAAGAAAAACUGAUAAGUUUAAUGCCACAAAUUUCUAUUGCAUGGACCAAGGGAAAGAUGAAAAGCUUAGGGCAUCGGCCUUCCUUGACAGCCCACCUCAUUUAGAACUAGGUCAGCUGAGAGAUUCCAAACAUUUCUCUGGUACUAAUAAUCUUUAUAUUAACCCAAGUCCUCUUGAUGACUUAUCGAUGGGAACUAGAACAGAUAUGACAAAGAUGCCUACUAUUACGGGAAAUAAUAAAGAGAAACAAGAAGGAAAAGUUUCCAAGCAGUUCCAAUCCGAUGUUAAAGUUACUGCAUCUGCUUUAGAAUUAUGCUCAAAGGAAACUCAAGAGUCAUAUUUAUGGAUCAAAUGGAAAAAUUGCUGUCCGACUACAAGAAAUGAUGGGCCACGUGCUUUUGAAGAUGAAGUUAGUAUACUUGAUAUCUCUUCAGGAUUCCUAUCUCUUGCCAGAAAUUCCUUAGUUCCCAAAUCCAUCGAUAAGAAUUUCCUUGAAGAUGCCAAAGUUCUUCUACAGCUUGAUAAGAAAUUCAUUCCAGUUGUUUCUGGUGGAAUACUGGCUGUUAUUGAUCAGCAUGCUGCAGAUGAAAGAAUCCGACUUGAAGAUCUUCGUCAAAAGUUGUUGUCUGGUGAAGCAAAGACAAUAGCCUAUCUGGAGGAUGAACAUGAACUGGUGCUGCCUGAAAUUGGGUACCAGUUGUUGUACAACUAUAGUGAUCAGGUUAAAGAGUGGGGUUGGAUCUGUAAUAUUCAUGCUCAAGAUUCAAAAUGCUUCCAAAGGAAUUUGAAUAUCCUAUACAAGCAGGAAACGGUCAUCACGCUAAUGGCAGUACCUUGCAUACUAGGUGUUAAUUUAUCUGAUGCAGAUCUACUGGAGUUUCUUGAUCAGCUUGCUGAUACAGAUGGCUCAUCAACAAUGCCGCCAUCCGUGCUUCGAGUUCUUAAUUCAAAGGCCUGCAGAGGUGCAAUUAUGUUUGGAGACUCUUUGUUACCUUCAGAGUGUUCCCUUAUUGUUGAAGAACUGAAGCAGACUUCUCUGUGUUUCCAAUGCGCCCAUGGACGACCAACUACAGUACCUCUCGUGAACUUGGAGGCAUUGCACAAGCAGAUAAGGGAGAUGGAAAUAUUAGAUAAAAAUGGUUUGAAUGGAACGUGGCAUGGGCUGCGACGACAUGAGCUGAGCAUUGAACGGAUGUUGCAGCACGUAGGUUCAGCCUAAGGUUCAUAGUGCUGAUGGUAAAUGCUGCCUUUCCAUCAAGGAGAAUAAUUGAGAAUAAUGUAUACAACUAGUCUGAUGAUUUGUGAAAAAGAGCAAUGUUUCUGUAGUUUAGUUUUCCUUGGAAUUUUGGUUGCAACUCUUCUUACAAACAGUUGUCUGCCCUCUAGCUGCAUAAAUCCUUAAAUGACUUCUUUUUUUCUCUUGUAAAUUGGUCAUUGGAAUAAUGAAACCCCUCCCUAUUGUUACA